GGUAUAUGCUGCUUGUUUUUCUCUGCCAACAGAGAAGACUUAGGGAUGUAGCUUUGCCAACGAGAGUCAGUCAGAGCAGUGAGGAUGAAAAUGUACCAGAGUUCUGCAUUGAUGCUGGUUCAAAAGGGAACUUUGCUAGGUUUAUAAAUCACAGUUGUGAACCAAACCUAUUUGUUCAGUGCGUCCUGAGUUCUCACCAGGACCUAAGGCUUGCCCGUGUGGUUCUUUUUGCAGCUGACAACAUUCCCCCACUGCAGGAGCUGACUUAUGACUAUGGAUAUACGCUUGAUAGUGUUCAUGGGCCAGAUGGGAAUGUGAAGAAGCUCACUUGCUACUGUGGAGCGCUAAAUUGUAGAAAACGCCUCUACUAACAAGGCUAUUGGAUUAAUCUCAUUUUUUGGUCACUCUAUUUUGGGGAGAGUACAUAAAAAUAGUAACUAUCUCCCAAGUGGAAAAGAACCCUUAUCAUCUUAUUGGAGGGGCUUUAGCAUUCUUCUGCAGCGUUACAAUUAGUGCUGCCUUUUGGGCAUUGGUGUUCCCUGAACCCUUUUAUUUUUAUAGGC